AGACCCUCAACCAGAACGUGUUACAAUCGAGCUGCGUGAACUCGCAUUUCUUAGCAAAUCUAAUGAAUGGUGACUACCUAAAUUUGUUGCACCUGAUUUAAGGGUAUGCAAAUUUCUAAAGAUAAAAGGAUUAAAGUGAUAACUUUCAAGAGACAGAUAGAUAGUGCAAGUGCAAAUAAACUAUACGAAUCAUACGGAUACUUAAGAUAUACUGCAAACUUUAGAAUGAGAAACGAAGCACCUUGCACGUGACUGGGACGGGGCAUGUUAAAGGACGCCAACAAGGAGUUGAUUAAGCACCGCCAACUGACCUCGCUCCCCAUGACCGACUUCGCACGUCAGGUGGCGCCCACACAGCUGCCUCUGCCGCUCCAAUUGCCGCUACCGCUGCCGCUUUUGGCCAAGACCCCGACCAACGAUCACGCCCCGAUGCACUCCACGCCCCCCACGACGCCGCCCACGCCUCCACCUCUGCCCUUGAACAUGAGUCAAGCUGCAACGGCGACGACGGAAACGGAGACUCCUUCCGACCACAGUCCGCCGGCCACGCCCCCCAGAGGGGCAGCCGUGGCGAACUCGGCCCCACAGGAUCACUACAGUCUGCGCUGGAACAACCACCAAAACCACAUCCUGCGAGCCUUCGAUGCACUGCUGCAGACCAAGACGCUGGUGGACGUGACCCUGGUUUGUGCGGAGACUUCCAUUCGGGCCCACAAAAUGGUGCUCUCUGCCUGCUCGCCCUUCUUCCAACGCGUGUUCGCGGAAACGCCCUGCAAGCACCCGGUUAUCGUGCUCAAGGACUUCCGGGGCUGGGUGGUGCAGGCCAUCGUGGACUUCAUGUACCGCGGAGAGAUCAGCGUGCCCCAGCAGCGUCUGCAGACCCUCAUCCAGGCCGGAGAGUCGCUUCAGGUGCGGGGGCUGGUGGAGAGUUCUGUGCCGGAGCACACGCCCACGCCGGCCGCCUCUCCCGACGACUUCGGAAUGCUGGACGCCACGAUGCUGUCCUCCAGCUUCGACGACGAGUCGCCCUCGAUGUCCCGGCCGACGGCGACGGGAAAGCUGAUGAUGCCCUCCGCCCGACUGUUUGGCACUGCCUCGAACGCCAUGGCAGCGCUGAGUCUGCGCCGCAAGCGGGAGCAGGACUGCGAGCUGGAGAGCGACCAGGAGUUGGGUGGCAGUUCGCCCAUGCCGCGGCGCAAACAAGCACGACCUCGCCGCCGAUCCGGCGAUGUUCCCCACGACUUUGCCCUGAACAAGACCGAUGCGGAGUCCCUGCAAACUGUGAUCAAGCAUGAGCUACUCGAGCGUUCGGAAAGAGAUCACGACGAGGAUCAUGAUCAGGGUCACACCCAAAGUGAGGCGCAGGAAGGCGGCUCCUCGCCGGCGGAAUCGUCGACGGAGCAGGCCAAGGAGAAGCAGUCGCAAAAGCCAGAAGAACCCGAUCAUCGCCUCAACCUCAACGAAAGCCACCAUCAACUCGAGCUCGACGACGAGGACGACGACGAUCAGGACCAGGAAGAGGAAGAGGAGCAGGACAUUGAAGAGCUUAUCCACACAACCAAUGAGCUGAGGCGACAGGCCGCCGUGGCUGCUGCCAACGCGGCCGCCAUGUCGCCCACCCCCUCACCCUGUCCCAGUGACGGGCCCGAGGACCUCUGCACCACCAAGAAGCCCAAGGACGGGAACACCGCCCACUCGUCCGACUGUGAGUCCAAUAACAACAACAGCAGCAAGCUGCAGGACAACAACCAGCGCAUCAUGCUGUCCCUGAAGGACAUCCGCCAACUGAACGCCAACCCGAACCCCACAGCCAUCCACACGCCCACCAGCUGCUCUGGAGGCAACAACGGGCUCCUCGGUUUUCCACCGCCGGGUAUGCGGCCACCUGGACUCCCGGACAGCCCGCCCUGCCACAUGGAAGCGCUGGAGGCGCAGAUGCACGCUGCCGCGGCCGCUGCUGUGGCGGCUGCCGGAGCCGGAGAGCAUCCCUUCCACCACAUGGAACACCAAAUGGAGAUGUCCUUGGCGGCUGCUGCGGCGGCAGCUGCAAUGCAUCAGCGGGAGCCCAGGGAUCCGCGGGAUCCGCGAGACCACAACUCAUUUGCCAGCAAUCUGUUGGGGCCAAUGGGCAUGCCCCCGUUCGGAGGACAUAACGGAGGACAUCCGGGCAACAGUGGCCCAGGAAGCGGAUGUCCCGGACAGGCUGCACACGAACGGCUCGAGGAGAGCAUGAAUCGACUGAGCAAGGAGCUGGGCAAGGAGUUCGGCAAGGACUUUGGCAAGGAGUUUGGGAAGGAGUUCGCCCCGGCGUCGCCGAUGAGUCUGCCAGGACACUUCAAUGCACCGGAUGGCCCUCCGCACCCACCGUCGCCACUGCCCUUUCCUGGCAUGUCCUCUGCGAUGACGCUGACGCCGCCGCACAUGUUUGGCUUGGACUCCCCACUCGGGCUCUUUCCCCCCGGAAUGGAUCCCGGCAAGCUGUACAAUCCGCUAAUGGAAAUGAGCGAUCCCAGGGACAUGGCUGGCGGGCCGCCUCCGUUUCUUAAAAAAAAAGUAAUGCCACGACCAAAGGGACAGCACUCAGCGCCACGCGGAGGUCCCCCUCGCUCCUGGACCAACACAGAACUGACGGAGGCACUGCAGCACGUUUGGAACAAGAAGAUGACCACGUCGCAGGCCUCGCGCAUUUUCGGUAUCCCCUACAACUCCCUGCUCAUGUACGUGCGGGGCAAGUACGGGAAGAGCCUGAAGCUGGAGCAGCUGCGCAAGGACUGCAUCAGCGGACCACCGAUCGAGAUGCUUCAGAUGGGCAUUGGCGGGGGCAGCGGGGGCGGCAGCGGCUCCAGUAAGAGCGAGAAAGGCAAGGAACGCAAGGAGAAGGAGAAGGACAAGGGCUCCGCGAGCAACAACGGCUCCGGUGGGUCGAGCAACGCCCAAGGAGGAGGCCCGAACUCUGGGAACGGAUCCUCCAUGCCGCAUCCCGGGGACCUGGGACCGCUGGGUCCGCUAGACCUGGAGCUUGGUCUGCCCCUGGGCCCCCCUGGCGGCCCCCGCAGCGGCAGUUCGGAGCCUGAUCUGCUGGGCGGCCCCAACGCCCUCUUCAACCCGUUCAACCCGCAGGGCUUCUACCCGGACUUCGCGGGCGGCUUCCCCGGCCUGCCCCUGAGCAUGCUGAACCUGCUGCCGCCGGCGGAACGCCACCACGCGGCGGCUGCCAUGCACCACCUGGGCGUCACCAUGGACGAGGACUGCAAGUCUGUGGGUUCGAAGCAGUCCUCCUCCAUGGACGACGACUUCGCAGGCCCCGGGAUGCCCCACUCUCUGGACCAGCGGCGCGAGAUGAGCGCGACGGGCCCUCCACUGACGCAGUCGAACGGGGGCGCCGGGCAGGAUUGAAACUUGUGGCGGGAUUGGGCAGCCGGGGCUGCCAACGCCAAUCCAAUGUACUUCCCUGCUUUCGAGCUGGACCAGGAGCAGAACCCGAUCCCCCAGUCCCUGCCCCCGCGACCCGCCCUGCACCAAAUGGCCUGCCGCGAGCUCAGCUUCAAACCGGACCUAUUCCUGGCCAGGCGCAAGCUGAAACGCUUCAGGGCCAAGCGCCAACUUCAGGCGCAGAUGGAGACGCCGACCGCAGCCGUUCCUGCCAAUUGUCCUGUCAGCCACGCGCUGCCACCGCUGAGGACUUGAAUGUUAACUUGAAUGCAAUAUGUCUACUAUUAGUUGAUUCUUUUGUUUAGGGGCCCCGAAGGACAAUAUUUAAUUUACUAGGAUUACGUUUCCUUUUGUUUGAGCAACAAGCCGUGUGGUUUUUGCUGGUGCUUUUAGUUCCUAUUCCCAAUUAAAUUUUGAUAUUUUGCUUUUAAUUUAGUUAAGUAAACGAAUAUGACAAAGCUUACAAAGCAUUUGAGGCAAUACAUGAAAACAAUAUAUAUUACAGCCUGUAUUAUUAUAUAAUUUAAGUAUGGAAGGAAUAUAAUCAAAAAGAGCAAAGGUUAGGAAAAGAUAACAGUGUACAUAUGGGGAAAUCCAAACCAACAAACAGCAUUAGCCCUGAUCGGGCUGUGGCCCAGAUUGCCACGACCUGCUCGUUCGGGAGAUAGUUGUAAAGCAACCACAUUGCGAUUAGUAGUAUUGAUAAUAUCGGAUGCAUAACCGAUGACUGUACCAAAAUUUUUAAUGUUAUUUUAUAAAGAAAUACAAAACGAAAAUUAGUUUUAGUCUUAAGUUUUCUCGUAGGCAAUCCGUAUUUGUAUAGAAAACAUCUGCACCAAUAUUACUCACUCAUAGUUGUGCACAUUCCCCUCACCAAAAAUCGACAUUCCUAGUUAUUGGUAGAUGCCGCUUUGUAAAUCUCUGCCGACCUCAUGGAAUAAUGCAGAUCUAUCCGUUUUGUAAUCUUGUUUGUAAGGAAUGGAACAAAACCAACCAAUUAAAAGGUACACAAAGUGACACAUUCCCGCUCAUAGUUUUAAUAAUUUAUAAGCUCAAAUACAAUAUUUUAAUAUUAAAUAUUACAACAGAAACUUAUGUAAGUAAAAAGAAAUAAGAAAAAUAAAGUAUAUGCAUUACAAUAAAUAGCAAAAGAUAUUAAAUAAAACGUCAAAUGCUUAUUCCUUGAACAAAUCUUCAAUUCACAACUUUAGUUUGUCA